UCGUUCAUUCAACGAAAAACAUCGCGGUAAACAGUGAAUGAAGUUUUUGUGAAUUUUUAAUCAGUGAUGAUUUUGAAAAGGACUUUGAGGAUUUUCUUCGUCGUUGUCAUGUUUUCCAAAAAUGUUCUGAAUGGAGAACCAGAACACACCACAAAAGAAAGAAGACCCGAAUACAUACACCCAGAUGGUCUACUAAACUUCGACCCAUAUCUAUCAGACUUCAAAACAGAAACUGAAGAAGAUGAUGACUACAUACCUUUACCAGAAAACGAUGAAACCAUAGACGGUCUACCAAUAUUUCUACUAGAACCUAAGAAUUCAUAUGUGUUAAGGAAUAGACCAGCGAAUUUGCUCUGUAAAGCUGCAAAUGCUCUCAAAGUGUACUUUAAGUGUAAUGAUGAGAGGUCUAAUAAAACUGUUCAGUUGGAAUAUGUAGAUCCUCAUAAUGGAGUGAGAGUUGUUGAAGCUGAACUGAAUGUGUCUAGGAGUGAACUAGACAGAGCUAAUAAGAAGUAUAGCUGUGAAUGCUAUGCGUGGAACAGUAAAGGCAAGAUAAGAAGUCAGGGAGUUUUAAUUGAAUUUGCUUUUAUAAAGAAGCAAUUCCUGCAGCAGCCCUUAUCGGCAACGAUAGAGGCUGGCCGAGGAGUGACCUUCAGGUGCGUGCCACCUCAAGCAGCGCCCCCACCUUCCAUCAAAUGGACGAGGAACGGAGUUACUAUAGAACCUACGGUGGAAACUCUCGUUUUGCCAAAAGUUGGUUUGCAGGACAUAGCAAACUACACUUGCGUGGCAGAAAACAUAGCCGGUCGACGGGAGUCCGAUGUCGCUGUUUUGUCUGUCUACGUAAACGGCGGCUGGUCAGAAUGGUCACCCUGGGGUCCUUGCCGCUGUGGGUCCGUCACGAGCGGCCGCCGACGCACACGCAGCUGCACCGAGCCUCCCCCGGCCAAUGGUGGCGCGCCAUGUAGGGGCCACAGCUCACAGAGCGAUGAGGAUUGUGUGUCUUGUCAGAAUAAUGGUGCCUGGUCAUCAUGGAGCUCAUGGUCUACUUGCAGCGGAGACUGCGUAAGAAUAAGAAGGAGGGAAUGCUCUGGGAACAACUGUCAGGGUUCCACACUACAACAUGCAGCCUGCGUUGAUGGACUUUGCACCAGUGGGUUAAGGUUAUACACCAACAAUACGACCCUGUAUGUCGGGAUCGGCAUCACAGUCGCCAUGCUGAUCGCUGGCAUCGCCAUCUUAUAUGUGUGGUGCAAGUAUAGGAACAGGCCGGGGUACUCUGCUGGAAGAAUAGGUAUACCAAAGACCCAUUCAGGCAGGGACAAGAGCAACGCGGCGCCCGACCUCACGCGAACCUGCAACGAGUACUGGAUGCAGGGGCCUGACAACCACUACGAUAUGCCUCAUGUCAGAGACAGCUAUUCAUCCCCAUUUGGGCACCGGAGUAGACAUCAGUCCUCGGCCGGAAGCAACCAUUACGAGAUGAAGCCUUACAGCCCUUCCGGGGACUCCGCGUCCAGUUGUUAUACCAAUUCCAGAACAAUGACAUCCAGAUCAAGCGAAUGCUCUUCCCAACUCGCAGAGCUCGUAACAGCGUCCCCUACUUCCAUGUCUAAAGUAGAUGUAGCUGUUACCUUACCCACUGGACACCUGGACACCAGUUAUAGAGAUAAAAUAUGCCUGACUAUUGUUAAGUAAAGUUCCUUAUAGGAAUCUAUCAGAUUUGUUCGGACCAGUGUAGAAGAUUCAACAGUGGAUAUGAAAGUCUAUCGAUAUUUCCUCUAGUCAUUCUGCUUUUGUGAAGUCAAUAUUUUCAAUUAUAGAUUCAGCUACAUUGUCUUCAAUAUUGUUACCUACACUCUGAACAUAAUACACCUUUGCUUUAUUGUUUUCUACAACAUUUGCUGCAUUAUAAAAGUCACCUCUUAGAAAACACACAUUGGGAAUCUCAAGUCGAUAGCAUUUUGCAAUAAAGCAUAAAUGUUUGCACGCUAGUUGCGUUUGAAUUAUAUGUAAUGACGCUCUUUGUUAUCAUUGAAUUUUCUAGAAGCUUAUAUGGCAUCGCGGUUUAUAAGUGGAAGUGUUUGCAACGACCUCUCGUACAUUUGAUUCGCGAUCUGCAAUAGCCUCAAUUUGGAUAUUAUUACUACCAGAAUAUUUACGAACGCUAUUAGCAAACGCACUGCAACGGCUGGCUUAUAUAGAACACGAUGUUUAACUAGGACAGUUCAAUUACCUCCUUAACGUGAACUACAAAUAUUAUGUGCCUGUUGUAUAUGCAUUUAUGUAAAUGUUAAACCUAUUAGUUUGAGGCCUAUCAGUUUCAAUUGACACGCAAAAAGUAUUUUGUUUCUUUAUUUCUUACUUUUGAUGUGGAUAUUAUUUUCGAUAUUAGUUUUGAAUGUUUGUAUUUAUUAAAUAAGCUAAUGAAUUGGUACGGGUAAUGUAAAGUAGAUGCUUUGAGUUUGAGAAAAUGGUAAGUAAUGGAAAGUUAAAUAGGGCCUAGUUGUGGCAUGCAUUGAUGGUUACAUAUGAGAAAAAGAAAUCCAUUUCUAUACAAAAAUUUCAAUGAAUGUUAAAAGUUUUAGAUGCUAUAUAUUA